AUGUCCCACAAGUUCACCGAAGCCGAGAUCGAGAUCUUCAAGGACUCCUUCAGCCACUUUGACUUGGACGGCGACGGAGUCAUCACCAAGAAGGAACUGGGCACCGUCAUGCGGUCCCUCCAGGACAUUCUUCAGGAGACCUUCACCGAUGAGGAGGUGGAGGACAUGCUGAAGGAGGCUGACCUGAAUGACGACGGGAAGGUCACCUUUGAGGAGUUUGUGAAGAUGUUGGCCAAGAAGGGGGCGUAGGUGAAGGAGGAA